UAUUGUGCUUUCGUUUAUUUUUGGCCCCUAGAGCUUAGUACAUUUCCUAUAUGGUUCUCCUCUAUUAUCACAUGUAAUCUAAGUGCAUAUAAAGGGGUUUUCAUUGUAGAAGAAUAGUCCAACCGUAAUAGACCUUAAGUUUCGUUUCCUCCGUUCUUACCGCUUCCGCAGAGACAGCUGCGCUUGCUUCAUAUAAGCCAGUGUAGAUCAUAACUGACCCUUAUUGUACAUCACCACAGAGCUCACGGUACCAGAGUUAAGAAACAUGAGCAGGAAAAAGAGAAAUAAUCAGCUCUCUAAGGCUGAUUUGCGUAUAGUUGGAUUUGACUUUAUAGAGUUUCUGGAAGAAAGCGAAAGGAGAUCCAUUAUUGAUAGAACACUUCUCAAAGACAUCUACAAUAAAGAGUUCCGAGACAGAGACGGAGUCAGAGACCCAAACUUCUCUUCAGUCCUCUUUGCAUUGAGAAAUUGCAGAAAAGCGCGCAUCACCAGAUCAGGACAUGUUUACUUCAACACCAGUGUCAGAGUGCAGCAUGAUCAGUGGUUUAGACCCCGUCACAGACAGCACAACCAAGCUACUCCCCCUCUGAGUAAUGGUAGCUCACCGCCACCCACCAGUGCCCAGGUUCCUAACCCAACGUCAGUGCCAGGGCCAGAAGAUGGAGUUAGAGCAAGGAGAAAACUGUCGAAAGACCUCCUGCGCAGAAUAAACACAACAGAAAAGUCUGUGUUUAUCGCUGAUAAAGGUGGGGUGCGGGUGUCCUCAGAACUUCAGAUAGAGGAUGGCAUGAUUCAGCUCUUUGUGAAAAAGGCAGAAAUUCAUGAACUAAAGCUGUUUGUGGAGAACACGGGUCAGGCGCCCGUGUAUUUCACAUACUACUCUGCUCUUCACUGGAUUCAGUAUUUCAUUCUGGAAGACAGCAGAAGAGUCACACGCAACAAUCCACUCCGUCUGGAGCCAAGUGAGAAAUAUGAGGUGACCUUAAGAUUCAAAGCAGAACAAAUAGGAGUUUAUUCAGCCACUCUGGCAUUUGAGUUCAAGGAAAACACCCAGCCCGCCACCCAUCCUUUCCACAUUGUUCGGUUCAUUCAGGCAGAAUACAGAUCUGAGCUUGCAGCUCUGCUGGGUCCAGUAGAACCAUUCAGACCUAAGAGGCUUGAGACAUAUGAACCUGCCUGGUGCAACAUAGAAGAGGGGAAUAAACCAGAGAGUUCUGCCCAAAACCUUUUGGAGUUUGUGGUGUCACUGGAUCACUACAUUCGUCCUUCUUACAUCUCUGACUUAGCCGAGGUCCUUAAAGGCAACCGUUCUUCUCCGAAGCACCAGAAACAGAAGUCACUGCUGGAGAGUGAUCUGAGUUUUCAUAACUAUAUGGAUCGCUUUGAUUUACUGUUGUACCUGGAGGAGGAUCAAAUGUGUCUGGACAUCAAGAGGUAUGACAAAAAUGAUGUGUCCAUGGUGAAGGACCAUAAGGAAAAAGGACUGCUGGUCUUAGAGCUUCCUGGCGUAUCAGAGAACAGACCAUCAGUGCUGAGGGGAGAUCACCUGCUUCUCACCAAGAGUGAGGAGGUCAAACGCUCAACUGUGACCAAAUACAAGGGCUACGUCUACAGAGUAGAACUGGAUCAGGUCAAACUGCACUUCUCUAGAAGGCUGCUUGACGAUUUCAUAGAUAAUAUGAAAUUCCGUGUGGAGUUUACAUUGAAUCGUCUCCCAUUAAGACUGCAACACAGAGCAGUACACAUGGCAGUCCAGCAUGAGCUCAGAGAUGUGCUGUUCCCUGUGGGCUCACGGGACGUGACCCCUGCGUCUCCACCUGCACUGAGGCUCUUUGAUCGAAAGCUGGACAAUAACCAUGAACAGAAAACUGCAGUAUGUCACAUUGUGGCCGGUACGUCCAAGCCGGCACCGUACUUGGUGUUUGGACCUCCUGGCACUGGUAAAACUGUCACGAUAGUGGAGGCCAUCAAACAGGUGGAGAAAAAUAUACCUGGUGCCUUUAUCCUAGCUUGUGCUCCAUCUAACAGUGCAGCUGAUCAACUGUGUGAAAAGUUGAUCACUAGUGAACAUGUUGAUGCAGGGAAAAUAUACAGAGUCUACGCUAGCUCACGCAACCCAAAAGAUAUCCCUAAAGUCCUAACGAAAAACAGUAAUGUAAAAGGAGACACAAUUAUUUUCCCAUGCAAAGAGGAUCUAAUGUCCUACAAGAUCCUGGUCAGCACUUUGGUCACCGCAGGCAGGCUGGUGGGUGGGGGUUUCCCUGUGGGUCAUUUUUCGCAUAUCUUUGUGGAUGAGGCAGGACAUGCUGUGGAGCCAGAGACCAUCAUCAGUGUGGCAGGACUGCUGAAUGCAAAAACUGGACAGCUUGUUUUGGCUGGUGAUCCCAAGCAGCUGGGGCCAAUCUUGAGAUCUCCUUUUGCCAUUAAAUAUGGACUUGGUCUUUCCUUGCUAGAGAGGCUGAUGACACAGAAUGAACUUUACCAGAAAGGUACUACAAAAUACGACAGCCGUUAUGUAACCAAACUGCUGCAGAACUACAGGUCUCAUCCAUCCAUUCUGAAGAUUCCUAAUGAGUUGUUCUAUGAUGGGGAGUUGGUGCCAUGUGCAGAUGAGAUCAUCUCCCGCCAGUACUGCAUGUGGGAGCACCUGCCAAAAAGUAAAGUUCAACAGAAAGACUUCAGGGAUCAGGGAUUUCCUGUGAUUUUCCAUGGAGUGAUCGGAAAGGAUGAGAGAGAAUCAAACAGCCCCUCCUUUUUCAACACUUCUGAAAUCGAUAUCAUGAUCGACUACCUGAAGAAGCUGCUCCUGACACAGGCCAAGAAGGGCAUUGCAAAAAUCACCCCCAAAGAGAUUGGCAUUAUAGCCCACCACAAGAAAAAGGUGGAGAAAAUCAGGAAGGCCAUUAAGAUGCAUACUGAGCUUAAAUCCUGUUUGGGCAUUGAGGAGAUGAAGGUUGGUUCCGUGGAGGAGUUUCAAGGCCAGGAGAGGAAAGUGAUCAUUGUGUCAACUGUUCGCAGUGACAAGAAACACAUCAUUUUGGAUGAAACAUUCAGCAUUGGGUUUCUGAAGAAUGAGAAGAGAUUCAAUGUGGCAGUGACGAGAGCAAAAUCCCUGCUCAUCAUGGUGGGAAACCCCAUCAUUCUACAGACAGACGCAAACUGGGGCAGGUUUAUUAAUUACUGCAUUGAGAAUGGAGGUUACACUGGAUAUGAUAUUUCCCAUUUGGAGGAAACAGAGGCGGUUAUUGAGCGCCUGCUCGCUCUAAACAUCAAUGAGGAGACCAUAGUGAAAACAGAGGAGAGUGUGGUCCAGCAAUAUCUGAAUCCUGAGUGGAGACAUGACCAUUAAAUGAAGUGCUAUUAUUAAAAAGCCUCCUAGUCAGGCCCCUCUCAUUAGCAUAACCACACCCCUUUUCCCUUCCCCUUGCUGAAGUUAGUUAGGGAAAGUCUUAAUGAACUUAGAAGUUUAAUUUUAAUUCAAAAACUGCACUAUG